AUGAGAAUAGGCCAUGGUCUCAAUUUAUUACUGGUGCUGACAUUUUCGCUUGAAGUUGAGUCAAAGGGCGGACGAGGCACAGGACGCGGAAGAUCUCGGUCAUUUAGAGUCACUCAAAAACGAAUGAUCAAAAGAACAGCAAAGAGUGGCUCAAUCGAAAGGACACAGGUUUUUCGCUCAGCUUUACUUGGAGCCGGUGCUGGGUACCUUGUGGCUAGCAAAGGCCGCUUCUACAUUCAAAAUCCGAGAGAUCCGAUUCUAUUUGAAGAAAGGAAGUUUUAUUGGGAUUCACAAUAUUAUCCGAUUAAUGAUACGCUUCCCGUUCAAUGCGUGAAUCCGAUCGAUCCACAAGAUCCACAAUUGGGAAGGAUUUACUUCUCAAAUGAGAGCCAUGCUCGUGAGAUCGUUUGGGGAUGCGAGGGUGGAGCUGAGUGUUGUGGAUAUGAUUGUUGUAUGGAUGAUGGCAUCUUUUCAUCGAUACUUCGAUUGGCCUUUGUGAUUGUGCUGCUAGCGUUGAUCGGUCUUCUUUUGAUAGAAUGUAUCCGAUGGAUGAUUUAUUGUAUCGCCCAAUUCCGAACAAAGAACUCUUUCAAUCCGGUUUCAACUCAUAUU